AUGUACACAGAAGACACGAAGAGCAUAAAAGACACGAAAGGCAUAGAAAACACGAAAAGCACGAAAAACAAGAUAUCAGCUGCAUUAUAUACCUUAGCGGCGCGUUUAAAUCUUAAUUUCGCAAAUCAAGAUUUGCUUUUGCAAGCCGUCACUCAUAAAAAUGUCUAUGAAAAUGAUUUAUUAACGAACGAAGGCUUGCAGGUGCUGGGAAAUCAUGCGCUUGGUCUAUAUGUUACCGAAUAUUUACACCUCAAAUACCCUCUUUUGCCAUUACCGUGUUUACAACAAGCCAUCACAGCUUACUGUGGUCACUUAACUUUAACAGUCAUAGGACAAGAAGUUGGUUUACAGUAUGUUGUUAGAUGGAACAAUUUUACAGAUGAAGAAUUAUUCCUUCAAGAUAAAGAAAUUCCAAGUAAAAAAAAAUCUGUCGGUAAGUCUAAAGGACCUGUACAAAGGAUCACACAAGGCACCGCAAUAUCUCAUGCACUUAAGGCUAUUGUCGGGGCCUUAUAUAUGGACAAAGGUCCACACGCUGCACGACAAUUUAUUCACGACUAUAUAUUAUCUAGAGAUGUUAAGAUGCAAGAGGUUAUUGAGAUUAAGGAACCAAAAAGAGAACUGUCGGCAUUGAUGAAGCGAUUAAACAAACCAUCACCGAUUUCUAGAUUAAAAUCUGAAACUGGUCGAUUAUCAUAUGCGCCUGCAUUUGUUAUUGGUGUAUAUUCGGGCACAGAACAAUUAGGUGAAGGAUUUGGCAGUAGUGUUAAGAUGGCGGAAUUCAGGGCUGGUAAAAAUGCUUUACUGCAGUAUUAUCUAAAAGAAGUCAAAGACUUUACUUUACCGUCCGUAAUCGAUUCGCAUGAAAAGCAAGCUACAUAUAUACCGACAAAAGUCGGUGACACACCUCCAAAACUUUGA